AUAACUUGUUCGGUGAGAGUGAAUUUCAAAUUAUUCCCGCCGUUUGAGUUGUCAUUUACGUUAAACCAAACGGAUGUUUGCGACAACUGAUUUGAUUGUCAUCCGGCAUCCGCCAUAUUAGGUAUUUCACUGCAGUGGACGACAGUUUGUCGACUAAGUGCUUGUGUUUCACAGCACGUGUACUUUUAAUUUAAGAGUGAUUUUGAUUGUGUGUGCAUGAGGAUGUCGGUCGAAUAUUUGCAAGUAGCUGAAGACGAGGGCGAGGAACCCAUUGAGCUACCCACGGAGGACGACGGCACAUUGUUACUUAGCACCCUCUCAGCUCAAUUUCCAGGAUCAUGUGGAUUAAAAUACAGAAAUCCCGAUUCAAAAGCCAUGCGAGGUGUAAGAUUAAGCGAUGGACGAUUACAUCCACCACCAGAGAUUGGAUGGGGCUCUCAGGUCUUUUAUUGCGUUUUUCCCAAAGAGAAUAAGAGGAAAUCAGAUGAUGCAUUGGAGAACUCCACAGCAAAGACAAAGAGGAUAGAGACUAAACUAAAAUGUACAGAUUUAAUAGUGUUGGGGUUGCCUUGGAAAACAACUGAGCAAAAUUUACGAGAGUAUUUUGAAAGUUUUGGAGAAGUAAUAAUGGCUCAGGUUAAAAAGGACCCAAAAUCUGGACAGUCUAAAGGAUUUGGAUUUAUUAGGUUUGCUUCUUAUGAAUCACAGAUGCGAGUACUAGCCCAAAGGCACAUGAUUGAUGGACGAUGGUGUGAUGUGAAGGUUCCCAACUCAAAGGAAGGAUUGAUUCAGCAAGUACCUUGUAAAGUAUUUAUAGGACGUUGCACAGAAGAUCUGACUGCUGAUGACUUAAGAGAGUAUUUUGGUAAAUUUGGAGAAGUUACAGAUGUUUUUAUACCAAAACCAUUCCGAGCAUUCAGCUUUGUUACUUUUCUGGACCCUGAAGUUGCCCAGAGUUUGUGUGGAGAAGACCAUAUCAUAAAAGGUGUAUCUGUGCAUGUGUCGAAUGCGGCUCCCAAAUCGGACAAUCGUGNAUACAAUAAACUCAAAUUAUAA